AUGGUACGGUCGUCAUCGCGUGCUUCUCGGCCUAAGUAUUAUCAAGCCACUAGUGCGAAGGAGCUUUUGGAUCAAAUUGGACAAAGUGUUCACGCAGAAGUACAAAGAGAUGCUAAAAAAUAUGUAAGUGAAUUGAAAGGAAAUUUGUCAAGAGCAACAUAUCCAAAAGAUGAAUCCCCUAAAGGAACGACAUCACCGGAUCCAUGCCAUCUUGAUUAUAGAUAUCAUACUAAUGUUACCAAGGGACAUGGUAAGGAGUAUCCUUGUGAAGAUAGACCAGAAGUUCGAUUUUCUGAUACAGAAGGAGCACAAUGUGAUAAGAGUAAAAUAAAAGAUAAUAAAGGUAAAAGUGAAGGUGCAUGUGCUCCAUACCGACGCUCGUCUCUAUGUGAUCAUCAUUUAUCAUACAUGAAUGCUGGUAAAACUAAUACGACAGAUAAUUUAUUGUUAGAGGUGUGUAUGGCAGCACAAUAUGAAGGACAAUCAAUAAGAGGUCAACAUGACAAACAUAAACUAGACAAUAAUAAUUCUAGUUCUCAAUUAUGUACCGUUUUAGCACGAAGUUUUGCAGAUAUAGGUGAUAUUAUAAGAGGAAGAGAUUUGUAUCGUCGAGAUAAAGGAGAAGAGACAAAAUUAGAAAAGAAUUUGAAAGAAAUUUUCAAGAAUAUAUAUAAUGAGUUGACGACGAAAAAUGGCACAAAAGAACGCUACAAUGAUACAGAUAAUUAUUUUCAAUUACGAGAAGAUUGGUGGGAAGAAAAUAGAGAAACAGUAUGGAAAGCUAUCACAUGCCACGUUGUGAGUGGUAAUAAUUAUUUUCGACACACAUGUAGUGAUGAAAACCAUCCAACUGCGACUCAAGGUAACUGCCGAUGUAUAGGCGCAACAGUUCCCACAUAUUUCGAUUAUGUGCCGCAGUAUCUUCGCUGGUUCGAGGAAUGGGCGGAAGAUUUUUGUCGUAAAAAAAAAAAAAAACUACCAAACGUUAAAACAAAUUGUCGUGGAGAAAAUAAUAAAAAAUAUUGUAGUGGUGAUGGAUUUGAUUGCACAAAAACUAUUAGAGCCAAAUAUAUCUAUGCUAUAGGUGAUGAGUGUACUAAAUGUUCUUUUUGGUGUGGUUUUUAUAAAAAAUGGUUAGAAAACCAAAAACAAGAAUUUCUAAAACAAAAAAAGAAAUACGAAACAGAAAUAUCAGGUGGUGGUGGUAGGAAAAAACGAGCUGCACGUAGUAGUGGUAGUAAUAGUAAUUAUGAUGGAUAUGAAAGUAAAUUUUAUAACAUACUUAAAGGUAUACCUGAAGGGGGCCUUGAUAAAUUUUUAGAUUUAUUAAAUAAAGAAGAAGUAUGCACAAAGUUUAGUGAAGACGAAGGAACAAUUGAUUUUACCAAACAUGAUAAUAAAAAUAAUGAUCAGAAAGGAACAUUUUAUUAUUCGAAAUAUUGUGAAAUAUGUCCCGAAUGUGGAGUAAGAAAGGGAACAUUUGAAGAGAAACCAAAAAAUGAAAGUGGUGAAUGCGAUGGUAAAAAACUUUAUACAAUUACAGAUUAUGCCGAAUCUACUGAUAUCAACGUCCUUUCCUUCGGUGAUGAACGUGAUCAGAUAAAAAAAAAAAUAGAUGAGUUUUGUGAUAAAAAUGAUAUUAAUAAACAGGAACUAACUGAACAAUGGAAAUGUUAUGAAGAGCAAGAUAUAGAAAAUGAUGGACAGGAUGACUAUAAAGACGAUGUAAAUGGUUCAGGUGGAAUAUGUAUAUUGGAAAAGACGAACGGCGACAAAAAUGGGAAAAAGCAAAAGACAUUCAAUGAUUUUUUUCACUUUUGGGUACGACAUUUAUUGAACGAUUCUAUAGAAUGGAGAGACAAACUUAAAAAAUGUAUAGAAGAUCCUGAGAAAAAAUGUAAAAAUGGAUGUAACAAAAAAUGUGAAUGUUAUGAACGAUGGGUUGAUAAAAAAAAAGGAGAAUGGAAAAAUAUAAAAGACCAUUUUGACAAGCAACCAGGUUUUGACCAAACAUUUCCUCCUUAUUAUGUUCUUGAAGAUGUUUUGGAAGAGUCUUAUUUUCCAAUUAUUCAAGAAGCUUAUGGGGAUUCAACAGCAAUACAAGGAAUUAAGAAAACGUUGGAAAAGAAAAAAAAAGAGAAAGGUGCAAAUAUUUCCGAAGAGAAAACAAUACUUGAUGAAUUUCUCAAUCACGAAUUAAAAGACGCAGAAACAUGCAAAAACUGUGAACCAAGAAAAUUCAAAAAUCCAUGUAGUGGCGACACAAGUGGUGAUAGUAACAAACAAUACGAAGCGGUGGCGAACACGGUGGCGCAAAUAUUACAGGGGAAGGCACAAAAACAAUUGCAUGGUAAUGGUAGUAGAAAUGCGUUAAAAGGAAAUAUACAGAACGCGAAAAUUAAUAAUGGCCGUAAGCCAAAUCCGUUGACGGAUGCAUGUCAAAUAACGAAAAAUCAUUCCAAUGGUAAGGGCGAUUCAAAUAAUCCAUGUAAUAACAAAGGUAAUCGGCUUAAAAUAGGACAAGUAUGGUCAAUUAAAAAUGAUACGUCAUACACUGACGUCUAUAUGCCUCCACGACGUCAACAUAUGUGUACAUCAAAUUUAGAAAAAUUAAAUUAUGCCAGUGUCAUAGGUAGUAAUAAUGUUAAUGACAAGUUUUUGGUAGAAGUGUUACAUGCAGCAAAAUCCGAAGCAGAAUUCAUAAAAAAGAAGUAUAAUGAAAAACAAAAUGAUGGCAAAAAUGGCCUGAGGAAAGAUCAGGCAACUACAUGUCGUGCUAUACGCUACAGUUUUGCUGAUAUUGGAGAUAUUAUACGAGGAAAAGAUCUGUGGGACGAUAACAAUGAUGCAAAAAGUCUGCAAACAAAUUUGAAAGCAAUAUUUAAAAAAAUUAAAGAGAAACAUCCUGGCAUCGAAGGCAACGACAAAUAUGUAAAGGACAACGAAAAUAAACAAUUACGUUCCGACUGGUGGGAAGCAAAUAGACGUCAAGUAUGGAACGCAAUGACAUGUGAAACACCCAAUGGUGACAAUAUCAAAUGUGAUGUUCAUGAUGUGCCUGUUGACGAUUAUAUCCCACAAAGAUUGCGUUGGAUGACUGAAUGGGCCGAAUGGUUCUGUAAAGCGCAAUCACAGGAGUAUGACAAGUUGUUCAUGCAAUGUGCUAAGUGUAUGGGUAAUGGUCAAGGUUGUACGAAAGAUAGUAGUGAUGGUGAAUGUGAGAAAUGCAAAGAAGCUUGUACAUCAUAUGCAAAUUUUAUUAACACAUGGAAACCUCAAUGGGUACCUAUGCAAAUACAAUACGCACUAUUAUACUCAUACGUAGGUAAAUCUGGUACUAUUGGUUUGGGUGGUUAUCCCGACUAUAAACAAGUGGUACAUUUCUUCGAAGAAUUACAAAAAGAAUAUGAAAACGCCACUAGAUCUAGUAGUACCACUAAGGUUUCCUCCACCGCCUCCCCGAUCACCCCCUAUAGUUCCCCUGAAGGUUACAUCCACCAAGAACUCCCAAUCACGGGGUGCCAGAAACAAAAAGAGUUUUGUUAUUAUAAAAAUGGCCUAACCUCACGUAGUAGUGAUGCCAAAGAAAACAAGAAUUAUGCCUUUAAAAAUCCACCUCAUGGGUACGAUUUGGCGUGUACAUGUAACACUAGGGAUCAACAAACAGAUGGACGUGGUCGCGUCGCCGUCAACCCAGACGACAACAUCAUCACACCUGGACGCAUUGACAACGGUGAAGAUGAUGAAGAAUCCGAUGAGGAAGACUUCGAAGAAGAAGAACUCGAAAACGACGACGCAGGCGGCGGCAGUGACGUCGGCGAGGAGGAGGACGUCAGUAACCACCAGGAAGAUAAGGGACCACAAAAAGAAGAUACACCACAAAUAGACGUCUGCGCCAUCGUAAAAACCGCACUUACUACACCAGGCAAUCUAACACAGGCUUGCAAACAAAAGUAUGGCCCCAAAGCACCCACAGGUUGGAAAUGUGUACCAAGUGGUGACAGUACUACCACUGGUGAAGCUCGUGCUCGACGUGUCGCACGUAGUGCCGAACCACGUGGUAGUGAACCCACUAGUGAUAAGGGUUCCAUAUGUGUGCCACCCAGGAGGCGAAAACUAUACCUUGGUGGUUUCAAACGAUUGACAGACGGCACCGCGGUGUCGAGUGAAACCACUUCGGCGACCUCGUCGCACGCAUCAAAUGGUGACGCGCUCCUUACCGCCUUCGUGGAAAGUGCCUCGGUUGAGACGUUUUUUGCAUGGCAUAAGUAUAAAAUGGAGAAAAAACAACCAGCACAAGAAGGAGCGGGACUUGGAUUAUCACUCCUCGAACAAGAAGUGUCACCGGAGGACGACCCCGAAAAACAGUUACAAACUGGUACCAUACCCCCCGAUUUCUUGAGAUUAAUGUUUUAUACUUUAGGUGAUUAUAGAGAUAUAUUAGAUGGGAAGAAUAUGGAGGUGGUGAACUUGUUAAAGGAUGGUAGUCCUAGUGAUAAAGAAAUGUAUACAAGAGAAAAUAAAAUAAAUCAAGCUAUAGAUAAUCAUUUUUCAAAGAAUGAGAACCAAGCUACUACUGGUGUCAACCAAUCUUCUAGUGGUGGCGUCCCCUCAUCUAGUGGACAUUCCUCAUCUUCUACUGUCACACCUCCUGGUCCCCCACAAACUAGUGGCACAACCCCUAAAACCUGGUGGCAAAAAAAUGGUGAACAUAUAUGGAAUGGAAUGAUAUGUGCCUUAACCUAUGAAGAUAACGGCGCAAAAGGCACAAGCAAUGCACUACAACAGAAUGAAGAAGUGAAAAAGGCACUUUGGGACGAAACAACCAAAAAACCCAAAGACGAGAAAUACCAAUACGACCAAGUAAAACUCGACGAAAAUAGUGUUACUGAUGGUCCCAGAACCACCUCCCCCGGCACUAGUGGUGAUACACCCCCAACCCUUUCCCAGUUCAUUUCGCGACCCCCCUACUUCCGUUACCUUGAAGAAUGGGGAGAAACAUUUUGUCGACAAAGGACACGUAUGUUGAAAAACGUGAAGGAUAAUUGUACGAAAGAUGAUAAACAAAAGUAUAGUGGGGAUGGAGAAGAAUGUGAAAAGGUUCUCGUUGAGGAAGCUAAUACUUUUAAGGAUUUAGAAGGUCGGAGUUGUGCGGAUUCUUGUAGAUCUUAUAAAAAAUGGAUAGGAAGAAAAAAAGACGAAUAUGAUGAACAAGAAAGUGCAUAUGGUCAACAACAAAAAGAAUACGUAAAUGGAAGUAAAGGUGCUGGACGUAAUAAUGAUGAUAAAGAAUUUUGUACAAAACUAGAAAAAACCUGGACUACAGCUGGAGACUUUUUAAAAAGUUUAGGACCAUGUAAAAAUAAUGAUAAUGGAGAAGGUACAAUAAAAUUUAAUGGAGGUCAAACAUUUCAACAUACAAAUCUUUGUGAUUCAUGUUCUGAAUUUAAAAUCAAAUGUGAAAAUGGAGUUUGUAGUGGUGAUACAAAAGUGGAGUGCAAUGGAAAAACGCCUAUUGCUGCAACAGAAAUUGCAAAAAUGAUAACUUCUACUGAAGGAGUUUUUAUGACUGUUAGUGAUAACAGUGACCACAAAUUUGAUGAUGGUUUAAAGGAUUGUCAACAUGCAGGUAUCUUUAAAGGUAUUAGAAAAGAUGUAUGGACAUGUGGUAAUGUAUGUGGUUAUGUUGUAUGUAAACCGAAAGAAGGAAAUAGGGAAACAGCCAGUGGGGAAAACAAAGAUCAAAUUAUAACAAUUAGAGCUUUGGUUACACAUUGGGUACAAAAUUUUUUAGAAGAUUAUAAGAAAAUUAAACAUAAAUUUUUAAAUUGUACCAAAAAUGGACAAUCUAAAUGUAUAAAUGGAUGUAAUAAUAAAUGUACAUGUGUAGAAACAUGGAUAAGUACGAAAAAGGGAGAAUGGAAAAAUAUAAAAGAACGUUUCAUUGAACAAUAUAAAGGUGAACCUUCAGAUGAAUAUUUUAACGUUAGAAGCUGUUUGGAGACCUUCAUACCUCAAAUUCCUGUUGCAGACGUUAAAAAUGAGGUUAUAAAAUUAAGUCAGUUCGAUAAUUCGUGUGGAUGUAGUUUCAGUGCGCAUAAACAAAAAGAUAGUAAUCAGGAUUCUAUAGAAUGUAUGAUUAAAAAUCUUGAAAAAAAAAUUGAUGAAUGCAAAACCCAACACUAUCCUAGUGGUAAACCAGAAGAACAGUGUAAAGAACCCCCCCCUGAAGAUGAUUAUGAAGACGAAAAUGAAAAAAAAGUGGAAUCACCGACCAUUUGUCCAAAAGAAACAGUGGACCAAAAAACAAAGGUAGAAGAUGAAAAAUGUGACAAAACACGCCCUGUUGUACCCAAAGAAGACCGACAAGAAGAAGAAGAAUCUAAAAAAAAAAAAGAUGAAACUGCCCUACCUCCACCAGAACCACCAGCAGAUAGUCCCCCUCCAGCAGCACCAACAAAACCACUCCCAAGUGAUAAUACCAGCGAUAUAUUAAAAACUACUAUCCCGUUUGGUAUUGCAUUGGCCUUGACUUCGAUUGCGCUUUUAUUUUUGAAGAAAAAAACCAAAUCAUCUGUUGGAAAUUUAUUCCAAAUACUGCAAAUACCCAAAAGUGAUUAUGAUAUACCUACCCCGAAAUCAUCAAAUAGAUAUAUCCCAUAUGUGAGUGAUACAUAUAAAGGUAAAACAUAUAUAUAUAUGGAAGGAGAUAGUAGUGGAGAGGAAAAAUAUGCAUUUAUGUCUGAUACUACUGAUGUAACUUCGUCAGAAAGUGAAUAUGAAGAAUUGGAUAUUAAUGAGAUAUAUCCGUAUCAGUCACCAAAAUACAAAACAUUAAUUGAAGUGGUACUAGAACCUAGUGGUAAAAACACAACAGCUAGUGGUAACAACACAACAGCUAGUGGUAAAAACACACCUAGUGAUACACAAAAUGAUAUACAAAAUGAUGGUAUACCUAGCGAUACACCAAAUACACCUAGUGAUAUACCAAAAACACCUAGUGAUACACCACCACCCAUUACUGAUGAAGAAUGGAAUCAAUUGAAACAUGAUUUUAUAUCUAAUAUGUUACAAAAUACACAAAAUACGGAACCAAAUAUGUUAGGUUAUAAUGUGGAUAAUAAUACCCAUCCUACCCCGUCACGUCAUACGUUGGACCAAAAACCUUUUAUUACUUCUAUUCAUGAUAGAAAUUUAUAUACUGGAGAAGAAUAUAAUUAUAAUGUUAAUAUGAGUACUAAUAGUAUGGAUGACACAAAAUAUGUAUCAAAUAAUGUAUAUUCUGGUAUUGACCUAAUUAAUGAUUCAUUAAAUAGUGGUAAUCAACCUAUUGAUAUAUAUGAUGAAUUGUUAAAACGAAAAGAAAAUGAAUUAUUUGGAACGAAUCAUCCAAAACAUACUAAUACACACAAUGUUACCAAAUCAAGUAAUAGUGAUCCUAUAGAUAAUCAGUUGGAUUUGUUCCAUACAUGGUUAGAUAGACAUAGAGAUAUGUGCGAAAAGUUGAAAAAUGAUAAUGAGCGGUUAGCCAAAUUAAAAGAAGAGUGGGAAAAUGAGACACAUAGUGGUAACACUCACCCUAGUGAUAGUAACAAAACGUUAAAUACUGAUGUUUCCAUACAAAUACAUAUGGAUAAUCCUAAACCUAUAAAUGAGUUUACAUAUGUGGAUAGUAACCCCAACCAAGUGGAUGACACCUACGUGGAUAGUAACCCUGACAAUUCUUCCAUGGAUACUAUCUUGGAGGAUCUGGAAAAAUAUAAUGAACCCUACUAUUAUGAUAUGUAUGACGAUGAUAUUUAUUAUGAUGUAAAUGAUCAUGAUGCAUCAACUGUGGAUAGUAAUAAUAUGGAUGUUCCUAGUAAAGUACAAAUUGAAAUGGAUGUAAAUACCAAAUUGGUGAAAGAGAAAUAUCCUAUAGCAGAUGUAUGGGAUAUAUAA